CAGAGAAGCCGCGGCCAGCAGGAACAAGCACGGGACAAGGAAACCUACGGUGGUCGAUGCCUUCUCAUCUGUCACCUCCUUCCCCGCGUCUCUAGACAAUUCCCCCAAAUCGCCCGCGCCACCCCCGCCCUCCUCGCCGGCCGCCGAUCGACACCCGUGCCCCCAUCGUCUCCUCCGCCAUCUGGGCCCACCGACCGCCCCCCACUAAUCGCUGUGCUGCAAGGCCGUCGCUUGCUGCCCCCGCGCGGGAAUAGGCGCUUGCUUACUGGCCUGAUACACGCCACCGUUGUUACGGCGCCGUUCUUGCUUAAUCGGGAAGCGUUUCAGGUUGGAUUUGGAGUGGGGCAGCUCCUUUCCUGUUAUUGCGGAGGAAAGUUUGCUCCUUUUUUAGUUUCUUCACGUGCGACGCCACGCGUGCUCAUUAGGGGGGAUUGCUGUGUUCAGCAGCCGCGCUGCCCGGGGUGACCGCGACUGCUUGAGGCUUGGCCUGUCCGGGCAGAUGUCGAGGCAGGAAGCGCAGAUGAAUCCAGUUGGCAGCAGCGGUGUUGGUGUCGGUGUGGGCGGCACGUCGCAGCACCAGGCGAUGCAGGAUAUGGCGGGCCUUGCGGGAAUGGACCAGCAGUUUGUGAUGCUGCGCACCAAUAUGCGCGAGAAGAUAUACGAGUACAUAGGAAGGAAGCAAAUGACGGCUGAGUGGCAGCCGCGGUUGCCGGAACUGGCGAAGCGGCUUGAGGAGAUCUUAUUUAGCAAAUUCUCAAACAAGAAUGACUACUGUCAUAUGAUGGAAGGACCAAUUGAGCCACAAUUGCAGUUUGCUAUAAGGACCUCGAGCGCUCAGAACCAACAAAAUCAUCAAAACAAACAAAUGUCAAGGCAGGUAGCAUCUUCCUCUGGCACCAUCACGAUGAUUCCGACACCUGGUAUGACACUAGGCACCACCACGAUGAUUCCGACACCUGGUAUGACACUAGGCACCACCACGAUGAUUCCGACAGGUAUGACACUAGGCACCACUGGAAAUACGAGGUUUCCUUAUGUUACAGACAACAAUGCUCUUUCAUCAUCUGGUGCAGGCAUGGUUGCUCAGAAUGCUGACAUGGGUACCUCGAUGCCAGAAUCAGUUGAUAUGGCUGGUUUCGGCAGUUUUUAUGCUACUGGUUCUUCUGCUUUAACCACACCAAACAGUCAGAGCAUUAGUGCUGCAGAUGUGCAGGCUAGAUCAGGAAUUAAUCCAAUGUUGUUUAGCAAUCAGUUAAACAUUCAGUCCAUUCAACCACAGUCUCACAUAAAAACUGAGGUUUUGGAUCAACCAGAAAAUGGGAAUUUUCAGUCACCACAGUGGAAUCAUGAGCAACUAUUCCGCCAGCAGCAACAUCAGGAGCAGCAUAAUUCCCAGUCUGUUCAAAAUCAGUAUCAUCUAAAUCAACAGCAGCCAAAUCCAGAGCAUCAGCCAAUUUACGAUGUGGUGGGCCUUGCGGAGAUCGACGCCGAGUUUGUGAUGCUGCGCAACAAUAUGCGCGAGAAAAUCAGAUUUCAGUAUAUAGGAAGGAAACAAUCAUCGGCAGAGUGGCAGCGGCUGUUGCCGGAACUGGUUAGGCGGCUCGAGGAGAUCUUCUUUAGAAAAUUCUCAAACAAGAACGACUACUACAAUAUGAUGAAGGGACCAAUUGAACCACAGUUGCAGUUUGCUAUUAAGACCGUGAGUGCUCAGAACCAACGAAGUCAACAAAACCAACAAAUGUCAAGGCAGAUAGCAUCUUCCUCCUGUCAAGAGACUUAACUAUGGUGUGAUUACCUUGCUACCCAGAACUUCUGAGGCAGAGAGGAUUCAGCAAUUUCAGCCUAUUUGCUUGCAAAAUUGUUCAUACAGAUUCAUAACUAAAGUUCUGAUUGAGAUUGUAAAGUAUAUGGAUAAUCUGAUUAGCACAAUUCAGAAUGCUUUCAUUAAAGACAGAAAUACUAUGGAUGGCACUAUCUCUUCAUGAGAUUCUUCAUGGAACAAAAAGGAAAAACAGAUUGGAGUGAUUCAUAAAUUGGACUUUGGAAAAGCAUAUAAUAAAGUAAAUUGGGACCUUUUGUUUCAGUGCUUGAAUAUUAGAGGGUUUAGUCCUGCUUGGAUGAGUUGACUUCAACAAGUAAUAUGCAAUGUUACUCUUUGUAUGAAAUUAAAUGAUAUGGUGGGUUCUUCUUUCACAAGUCAUAGAAGGGCCAGACAAGGCAAUCCCUUGUUCCUUUUCCUCUCAACUUGGCAGUUGAUUGCUUGUCCAAGAUGAUACAAGAGGGCACAAAAUAAUGAUAUGAUUCAAGGACUCAUACCUAAUAUUUUUGGAAGAAAAAGUCAAUAUGCAGAUGAUACAAUGUUAUGUAUGCAGCAUGAUGUCAUGUUUGGUUUGAACAUAAUUUUUCAGGAAAAGUGAUGUUAUUGUGAAUUGGGGGGGGGGGGGGGGGGGAGUAUGCUAAAAAAAAUUAUUAUCAGAUUAGCACCAUUCCUAUCAAGUAUCUUCUCAUCCCUGUUAGUGCCAGUAGACUGCAUGUUGUUGAUGGGAUAGAGUGAAUUAAUUUGAUGUAUGGCAAGGAAGUUUGUUGGCAGGAAACUUCGAUUGUUUCA